AUGAAUAACCGACCAACGAAACCAGCAGAAUACACAACAGCAACCCAAGAGGCUGGAACUGAUGAUGCUUCCGGGAAAUUACCUACCAGUGGAGAUACCGUCGCAGUCAAUACGUCUAAUGCUGCCACUAAUAACAGAGCUGUCCCUGCUGUAGUAGCCCCUCCGGUUGCCUCACUGGACACCAGCCUCCAUCGAUUUGCGGAAGAAAGAGCAGCCAAAGAAGCUGCUAGAUGCGCCAGGGGAAGCACCGGGACGAGUAUCCCUGGAGCUGUCUUGGAGAGAAGUCAACAGCGGCAGAAGCAUGUCAAGGAAGCUGGUGUUGGAACCAAUGCAAAAGAAAUCCCUAGCACUGAGUCGGCUCCCACCGCAAGUACAGCUGCCAUAAGAACAACGCAUGGUCUCCGAAGAUCUGCUGAGGAGCGGGCUGCAAAAGAUGCUGCCCGAGUCCGCAUGGGCACCACUGGUAGUGAAUCAGCUGGGCAGGCAAAGGUGUUGUCCCAAACUAAAGCAGAAAAUAUGGAUAAGCAGAUGAAUGCUUCAAGAGGGAACUAUCAGCGAAGGUCAAGUCCUGCGGUAUCAGCCCCUCCAGUUACGUUGGACACUAGCCUCCAUCGAUUUGCAGAAGAAAGAGCAGCUAAAGAAGCUGCUAGAAGCGCCAGGGGAAGCACCGGGGCGAGCCUGCCUGGAGCCAUCUUACAGAGAAGUCAACAGAGGCAGAAGCAUGUCAAGGAAGCUGGUGUGGCAGCUCAUGCAACGGAAAAUCAUAGCACCGCGCCAGCACUUACCACAGCUACAGCAAACAUAAGAACAAUGCAUGGUCUCCGAAGAUCUGCCGAAGAGCGGGCUGCAAAAGAUGCUGCCCGAGUCCACAUGGGCGCGUGUGAUCCAGUUGAGCAAACAACGAUGUUUUCACUCGCCGGGGCAGAACUUGUGGACAGGCAACUGGAUCCUUCAAGAGGGGACUAUCAGAACGAUCGGAGUAGUGGCAAUGGCGAAUGCACGACUACUAAACCUACCGAUACUGCUGAAGUGAAUGCUACCGCAAGAGAUCAGGCCAACGUCAGUUUGGUGGUACCAUCGUCGGUUGGGGGAACAGUUACUACUACUGCCGCAACGUUGAACAGUAGCCUACAUCGGUUUGCAGAAGACAGAGCUGCUAAAGAAGCUGCUAGAGCUAGCGUUGGCAGUACGUGUGCCACUCCCAUCGAAGCAAGCAUUCCGGGAGCCGUAUUGCAGAUGAGUCAACACCGAAGGAAAGAAGCCAAGCAAGCAGCCCAUGACAUGCAGAAUGAUAGCACCAAACCUGUGCUUGCUACAACUAUAGUACCAACUAGUACAAUGCAUGGUCUCAGAAGAUCUGCUGAAGAGCCGGCUGCUGGAGAAACGGCUCGAGUCAGCACGGGGGGUGCCACACUUGGUUUGUCCACUGUCGUUCCAAGUACAACAGCGCAGGUUCCUCCUCAGGGAUCUCAGCGGGGACUAAGACGAUCCAUGGAAGAUGCCAAAAAUGCGGCAAGUGUCGGUGCUGGGACUGCCGUCGCUGCCAACAGAACUGAGAGUAGUAGCAUCACUAAGCUCAAUCCUAAAGGGUUACAUGGAAACACCGGUCCUGCUGCGAUGCAGCCUGGAGCUCAUCAUGCCAGAGCAAGUGACACCAGCUUCAACCCCUCUGCCUCUGAGUUAUCUAAAUCAUCCUCACACGGGCUAUCCAAGAACAGGAAGCAAGUUGUCUCUGUGCAAGCAGCUCCAAUGUUGACGACGGUGAAGGGACCGCAAAGUUUCGAGACAAAAACCAUCAGCAAUACCCACAUUCCGGUUGUCUCUGUGCAAGCACCUGGAAUGGUGACAGUGAAAGGACCACAAAGCUUUGAGACGAAAACCAUGAGCAACACACACAUACCGGUUCAGUGUGCCACGGCCUAUGUUGAUCAAGAUCAGGACCAUUCCCAGUCCGCAACAGAGUAUGUGGAUCUAGAGCAGGAAAUCACCAUAGCUGCCAUGGGUAUAGCGGAAAUCGCCACCCAUCAUCAUACUGACCUGUCGGAAUCCAACGCAAUGUAUGAUCCAGUGGAUCCUCAAAUUGGAAACAGCCGCAAGAGAAAGAAGAAUGAUACCCCUUUGGUGGUUGGAUCAAUAAUCUUUCUUCUUUGUCUUCUCGUGGUCAUCAUUGUGGUUGCUGUGGUUGUGAAAUCUGGCGGAAACAAAGAAGCAACCAAGAAUCAAAACGAGCCUUUUCAAUCAGUAACAGUGGCACCUUCUGGUCUGCCAAAUCAGCCACACUCAAUUAUCUUCCAAGCGUUCCCCAACUACACACUGGAGGCACUCAAGGAUCCCAAGUCUCCUCAGUCUCUUGCCCACCAGUGGUUACUGAGCGAUUUGGAAGCAAACAACUACACCCUCACCAGCAGGCAAAAGCAAAGGUUUGCCCUUGCUACACUCUUCUAUGCCACAAAUGGGAAUGACUGGCUCAACAACGAUAAUUGGUUGAGUCAUUCAGCACAUGAGUGUUUCUGGUUUGCACAAGGAGCUUUCCUAGAGAUUCCUAGGACAGAAGUUGAGCUCAAUCGCAUCUACCUCGAGACAACUCACCCGAAUCCCUGUGAAAUGUCCCCAGCGCAAAUCGAUGGGCCCAAGAGUGUCCACUUGGAACAUGGCCAAUACCAGCACAUUUGGCUCCACACAAAUGGACUACAAGGAAGUCUACCACUGGAACUAUACUGGCUCAAAAACUUGAGAAGCAUCUCCCUAUACAACAACGAAGAUCUGACUGGUACCAUUUCCUCCCACAUUGGGAAGCUCCGCAAAUUAGAGGCCAUCGACAUGGGCGGAAGAGUGCAGGGUGCAACAAAGAUUGCUGGAAAUCUUCCUACUGAGCUAGGUCUCUUGUCCCACUCAAUGGUCAGUAUUGCCAUUCUGAACGCACAAUUAGAAGGGAGCCUUCCGUCGGAACUUGGCCUAUUGCACAGAAUGCAGUACCUCUUGCUCGGUCGGAAUAGCUUGACCGGGACUCUUCCAACUGAGCUGGGCAAGGCAUCCAGCUUGGAUUGGAUGUACUUGGGUGAGAAUUCAAUUUCAGGGACAAUCCCAGUAUCCUUGUCAAAGUUGCCUUUGGAAGAUCUUUGGCUUGAUUCCAAUCUGCUGACAGGGACAAUACAUGCAGAGUUUGGCCAGAUUUCAAGCCUGAAACGAUUUGAUUUACGGGAGAACCACUUCUCUGGAACUAUUCCCAGUGCACUUGGGCAGCUUUCCAGUUUGAGUUAUUUCAAUGUAUGGCGGAGCCAUCUUACUGGAAAAAUCCCCAGUGAGUUGGCAAUGAUAUCAAGCCUAGAAGUGUUCCAACUUUCUUCCAAUGCUCUGACUGGGAUGAUACCUGCUGAGUUUGAACAGCUGCAACUGCUGUAUGCAUUGUCUUUGGAACAUAACUACCUGUCGGGGGCACUUCCGCAACGACUGACCCCAGCUCUUCGGAUCUUGGAAGUCAAUAACAACACACUCUUGACUGGCACCCUACCUUCAAACCUUCUCAAUUUGCACGUGUUUGUGUUGGAUGGGACACAGAUCUCUGGUGUGCUGCCAGACUCUCUUUGUGACAUUGACAAGUUGGCUUUUGACUGCAGCUCAAUUCUCUGUGGAUGCAGUUGUCUGUGUAUGAAUGAGACAAACAUCACUGGCGCCAUCGUUCUAGCUACGAAUGAAACAAACAGCACGGGAUCCAGGAUGUGA